CGAGGCGGACUGAAAAUAUACUUCAAGAUUUAGACCGAAACAAUGGAAUAUCUGGAAUCCAGUUUAAAAGCUGUGAAAUUUCUAGCUGGAAGAUUAAACGAGAAAGGUCAACAACCAGAAGAAGACACAAAGAAUGAAAUAUCUGCUAUCUAUAAACUACCAAAUCAACUGCUAUUGAGUGGGCAAGAAGCUCUCUGUAAUAAAGUUUUAGACGAUAUCAAAGAAAGGUUUCUGGCUCCAAAUGGUGAUUUUGAAUCUGAUAGAAGUAAAACUGGAUGGCAGCGUAAAACAUCGCUCUGGCUCCUUGCUUAUAACUGGCCUUACGUAAAUGGAUGGAUGGUAGUUGCGUCACAAAGAGCGGCAAGAUUUGAUAUUUCAAGACCAGCGUAUGAUUAUGUUAAAACUUUCUUUCACCCAGUUCGUGGUGGAUUUUUAUGGAGAGAGGCUUACGAUAGCAGUAAAGGUGGCGAAGGGAUUGACCAGUCUAUGUGCGCCUUUAUGACAGCCCAUCUGGGAUAUACUGCAUUAACUGUUGGUGAUUGGGAAAGAGCAAAAGCAGCCGGUGAAAUUCUGUGUCAGUUUGUGGCUAAACAGCCUAAUCUUGAUAAGGAAUUCCUCAUGAAAAUGGAUUCUUCAACAGGAGAGCUGGUGGCAGAAGGUUACUCAGCAGAGGAUAGAACUUUUUUCUCUGUUGUCAGAACAGAAGCAGAUAACAGAUAUUACCAGCUUGGUUUCCCAGCAAUAUUUCUUCAAAAACUGUAUCUAGCUACAGCACAAAAACAUUUCUUAAAUACAGCUUGUGCUAUUUUGGAUUUUGCCGAUACCUGCCAUCCUAAUAUAUAUAAAUAUUAUAAAACACAUAAAGUAGGUUAUGGUGCUGCUCUUGUUGCCAGAGCUACAGGAAAUGAGAAGUAUAAAAUCAUGGCGCAGAAAAUAGCUGAUAAUAUGGUAUCAUUUCAAGAUCCCUCUGGUAUUUACCUACCAAAUUGUCCUUUAUUAGAACGUUUAGACCAAUCUGCUGAAUAUGCUGGGUGGUUGAGAGAAAUUUAUGUGGAAUUAGAUGGUUUUACAAAACAGAAGUAAUCGCCUAUCACUUAUUAAAGAUUGUAAUAUUUUAUUGUCCCUUUCCCAUGUAUGCCAAUAUAUUGUGUUAAUAAUUUAUAUUUUCGCAUGUUAAAUAUACUAUUUAAUGAAAUGUAUUAAAGUCACUGUACUAUUUAUUUCAUAGAACGACUACUCUCUGUCUUCACAGUAAAAAUAUUUACAAC